AUGCGGUUCUGGGCUCUGUUACCUGUUGUAGCUGGACUGGUGUCGCAAGCUGGUGCCACAGUCGUUGAGGAUGUCGCUGAUGCGUACGACUUUAUUGUUGUGGGUGGCGGAACAGCCGGGCUCGCUGUCGCGUCGCGCAUCAGCAUUGGCCUCCCCAACAGCACAAUUCUUGUGAUCGAAGCAGGUCCUGAUGGACGUCAAGAACCAGGUAUCUAUAUUCCUGGACGUAAGGGCUCCACGCUUGGUGGAAAAUACGAUUGGAACCUGACGACUGUUGCGCAAACCAAUGCCAACAACCGUACGUUUGCGCAAAACCGCGGAAAGGUGCUUGGAGGCAGCAGUGCGUUGAACUUGAUGACGUGGGAUCGUACUUCCAUCGCUGAGCUCGAUGCGUGGGAGAAGCUUGGUAAUAAGGGUUGGAACUGGAAGACGCUCUAUCCUGCCAUGUUGAAGGCCGAGACAUUCUUACCUUCUCCGGAGUAUGGAGUGGAAGGCGUUGGCAACAGCGGUCCUAUUCAGACUCUGAUAAGCCGAAUCUUUCCAAAACACCAGGCCUCCUGGAUCCCUACUCUAAACAAGCUCGGCCUCAUCACGAACAGAGAGUCGCUCAAUGGGCAGCCUGUGGGUGUAAGCACACAGCCCAAUAACGUUAGCCCGAACUACACUCGAUCAUACGCCCCUGAGUACCUGAAGCUUUCGGGCGAUAACCUUGCCCUCAGACUCGAUACCCGUGUGGCAAAGAUCAACUUCAAAGGCAAAACAGCUACCGGUGUCACCUUUGAAGAUGGAACAACUGUACAGGCUCGUAAGGAGGUCAUCCUCUCCGCGGGCUCGUUCCAAACUCCUGGCCUGCUCGAACUUUCUGGUAUUGGUAACGCAACUUUGUUGAAGAGCAUGGGUAUUCCGGUCGUCAGGAGUCUUCCUGCUGUAGGCGAGAAUCUUUCGGAUCACAUUCGUAUCCAAAGUUCAUACCAACUUUCGUCAUCGUAUCCUUCGUUCGACGUCUUGAGGAACUCGACCCGCGCUGCUAUCGAACUAGCGGCCUAUAAUGCCGGAGAGGUGUCACUGUAUGAUUACACCGCCAGCGGCUAUGCAUACUUUCCAUGGGACAUCGUAUCAAAUGAUACUGCAGCCAGACUCCGAACAUUGGUUCAAGGUGACACCACGUUGACUUCAGCGGUCGACAAAGUAAAGAAGAGCUAUUUCUCCCCACCACAAAGCUCGACGGUACCACAGCUUGAAGUAAUCUUCUCUGAUGGCUAUACUGGUCUCAAAGGCUACCCCGCGGUCAAUUCCUCUCUGUUCGGUAUCGGAACCUUCUCUCUCAUCGGCGUGGUUCAGCAUCCUCUCAGCAAAGGCAACGUCCACAUACGCUCGCGCAACAUCAGCGAGAAGCCAAUCAUCAACCCUAACUACCUCUCCCACCCAUACGACCUGCAAGCUGCGACGAAUCUUGCGAAGUUCCUGCGCACGAUCGCUAAUACCGCGCCUCUGAAAGACGUAUGGACGGAGGAGUACGAGCCUGGCAAGGCCGUGCAGACUGAUGAAGACUGGAAGAAGUUUGCUUUGGCGAACACAUUGAGUAUUUACCAUCCGAUAGGUACUGCUGCCCUGCUUCCGGAAAAGGACGGCGGUGUUGUGGACGCGCAACUGAAGGUCUACGGCACGAAAGGGCUGAGGGUGGUAGAUGCAAGUGUGAUUCCGUUAUUACCGAGUGCGCACAUUCAGACGCUGGUGUACGGCAUUGCGGAGAGGGCUGCAGAGAUGAUCCUUGCAGAGCACAAGUAG